AAGCUAAGGAGCUUCUAAUGUUAACCAAACAAUCACCUCUCUCUGGAACACACUGUUUGAUUUCUCAGGAAUGUGUAAACUAGCGUGCAGUCGUCAUAAAGCGGGAUCAACAUUUGAAUCUGACUUUUAUUUUGAAAGCCAAGCGGGUCUCCGGAAGCGCUUGCCCACAGUCUGUCUUUUAGAGGAGGUAAACACUGACUCCACGUCCAUAUGACCGCUGCAGCUAGAAUCAUGUCCAAGUUUCGUCUGGCCGUGGUCCAGCUGCAGGUGACGAGCGUCAAGGCAGACAACCUGAGCAGAGCCCGGAGGCUGGUGCUGCAGGCUGCGGGGCAGGGCAGCAAGGUGGUGCUGCUGCCGGAAUGCUUCAACUCGCCAUAUGGAACCAGCUUUUUCUCCGAUUAUGCAGAGAAGAUCCCUGGAGAGUCCACCCAGAUGCUGUCGGAGGCAGCUAAAGAGAAUCAGGUGUAUUUAGUUGGAGGGUCCAUCCCUGAAGAGGACGGGGGGAAGCUGUAUAACACCUGUGCCGUGUUUGGGCCAGGAGGAGAGAUGAUUCUGAAGCACAGAAAGAUUCACCUGUUUGACAUCAACGUUCCGGGAAAAAUCUGCUUUCAGGAGUCUGAGACUCUGAGCCCUGGCAACAGUUUGUCCACGUUUGACACACCUUUUUGCAAAGUGGGGGUGGGGAUCUGCUAUGACAUGAGGUUUGCAGAGCUCGCUCAGGUCUACAGCAGAGAAGGCUGUCAGCUGCUGGUUUAUCCAGGAGCUUUCAACAUGACGACUGGUCCGGCCCACUGGGAACUUCUGCAGAGGGGGAGGGCCGUGGAUAACCAGGUGUACGUUGCGACAGCUUCACCCGCCAGAGACGAAGCGGCGUCUUAUGUGGCCUGGGGUCACAGCACUGUUGUAAACCCGUGGGGGGAGGUCAUCUCCAAAGCGGGAGCGGAGGAAACUGUCAUCUAUGCAGAUAUCGAUCUGCAGUAUUUGAGUGACAUCCGGCGGCAGAUCCCGAUCACGGCCCAGCGGCGGGACGACCUCUACUCUGUGACAUCUGUGCAGGAGGCAUCGGGCUGAUCCUGCUGCUCAAGCGUGCUUCAGCUUCACCAGGGUUUAAAUCAAAGCUGAUUCUGAUCUGGAAACGGGAUGAGCUGAUCCAGUUUAACGCCGGAUCUGAGUGAAGUUACUCUGUUUUGUGCUCAGCAGCUCUCACUGAUUAUUCAAGAAGUGUUACCACUUUAAUGAGAAGCUUCAUAAGCUCCUGAAGAAUCCGAAACCUUUUUUUGAAAGUAACUGUUUAUAAAACUGAUUUUAAAAUGUGUAAUUUACAAUAAAAAGCAGAAGGUUAAUCUUCUUAAAUAACUGA